AUGGGUCGCGACGAUGUCAUCCUGCCGCGGGAAGUCGAGGCUCUGAUUGCCGAAGGCCAGACCAUUGUCGUUUUCGAGGAGUACGUGCUCCGCCUGGACUCGUGGCUCGAGCGUCAUCCCGGAGGGCGCCUGGCCAUCCUCCACAUGGUGGGAAGGGAUGCGACUGAUGAAAUCAAGGUGUAA